AAGUCAAGUCAUCAGUUUAUCUCGAAGCCACGUGAACUUCAUCUCUACUCCUCUCUACACGUGUCCCUUUCUCUUCUCUCCCCCUCUCCAUCUCCCACUCAUAAGUUCAUAAAAACAACAGAAACCCACUUUCUCUCCCCUCUUCUUCUUCCCCAUCACUGUUCACCCACUAAUUUUUGUCUCAGAUUUUCACACAUCAAUGGUGUUCAUCACAAAUAUACAGAGUCUUUUGUUAAAAAGCCACAUGGGUUUUGAUAGUGGACAAGAUAUAGGGUUCUUGAAUGAGCAAGAAGAAUGGCACAAAGCCAUAUUCUAUGCCCUCUGUGCUGCUUAUGCACUUGUCGCUCUUGUGGCAUUGGUGCAGCUAAUCCGCAUUCAGUUGAGAGUACCGGAGUUCGGUUGGACCACACAAAAGGUUUUUCACUUCAUGAAUUUUAUCGUGAAUGGAAUACGAGCUGUCCAGUUUGGAGUUUACAAAAGUGUGUUUAGCACCAGACCAAAAGCAUUCAGUAUGAUUGUCCUAGAUCUUCCUGGGCUUCUGUUUUUCUCGACAUAUACUUUACUUGUUCUGUUCUGGGCUGAGAUAUACCAUCAGGCAAGAAGCCUCCCAAUUGACAAACUCAAACCUUCAUACUUUAUCAUCAAUGGAAUUAUAUAUUUUGCACAGGUCUGCAUUUGGAUAUAUAUGAUAAGUAGCCAAAGUUCUGGUGCAGUUGAAGUGGCUAGACUCUUCCUUGCAGUCACAUCUUUCUGUGCUGCUCUCGGGUUCAUGAUAUAUGGUGGAAGGCUGUUUAUCAUGCUGCGACGGUUCCCAAUUGAGUCUAGAGGUCGCCAAAAAAAGCUUCAUGAGGUAGGCUUUGUGACAGGAAUCUGCUGCACUUGUUUCUUAAUAAGAUGUUUUGUGGUCGGCCUCUCUGCUUUUGAUGAGCACGUUGAUGUUGAUGUGCUGGGUCAUCCCAUAUUAGAUCUUAUCUUUUAUGCAGGAGUUGAAAUUUUGCCAUCUGCCUUGGUCCUGUUUAUUCUGCGAAAGUUGCCUCCAAGACGCGUGUCUGAUCAAUAUCACCCAAUAAGUUGAUGCUCAGGCCUGAGAAUACCCCUGGAGAUCGGGUGAUGAAUUAUCAAGAUAGUUCAAAGGCGGAUAGAUAGUGACGACUCUAGCUCUCUUUAUGGUGUAUAUUCCUCAAUCCUCAUGUUGCUAUCUGUUCGUAAAUCAAGUAGUGGCACAAUUUUUAGCCUCAGAAGAAUUCUUGUAUCACGGUUCAAGGAUGGGGUUAAGCAGCUGCCCUCACGUUCUCUUUAUCUAAAUCUUUUGUGUAUAUAGAUGUGAUGGCAUGCAAGUUCUUUUCUCGUUA